AGUGCGGAGCGAGCGCCUCAAAUGCUCGGGUUUCUCAGCUGAUUGUCUCCAGCCGAGAGUUGUUUUUUGCAGCUACGGAGCUGAGCCGCAGCAGGAGGAGCCGAGACCCCCGGGGGGUGGGGGAAAGAGGAGGCGGGGUCGGGGGGAGCCGCGGCUGCUCUGCGCUGGACUCCGGGUCCCGUCACGGCGCUUCCUGGGGUUAGAGGCUGGGGUGGGUGGGGGGUAAGGGGGCAGUCCUUCUCCCCUUCGACGGCGGCUCCGAGUCCAGCCCCUUCCUUCCCGCGCUCGCUCGCCCGGCCCCCAGUCCCCUCAUGAGGGUGUCCGUACCGGGUCCGGCGGCAGCUGCCGCCCCCGCAGCCGGCCGCGAGCCCUCCACGCCCGGCGGGGGCGGCGGAGGCGGAGGCGCCGUCGCUGCCGCCUCAGGCGCCGCGGUGCCGGGCUCCGUGCAGUUGGCGCUGAGCGUCCUGCACGCCUUGCUCUACGCCGCGCUGUUCGCCUUUGCCUACCUGCAGCUGUGGCGGCUGCUGCUGUACCGCGAGCGGCGGCUGAGUUACCAGAGCCUCUGCCUCUUCCUCUGUCUCAUGUGGGCAGCGCUCAGGACCACCCUCUUCUCCGCCGCCUUCUCGCUCAGCGGCUCCCUGCCCUUGCUCCGGCCGCCCGCUCACCUGCACUUCUUCCCCCACUGGCUGCUCUACUGCUUCCCCUCCUGUCUCCAGUUCUCCACGCUCUGUCUCCUCAACCUCUACCUGGCGGAGGUUAUAUGUAAAGUCAGAUGUGCCACUGAACUUGACAGACACAAAAUUCUACUGCAUUUGGGCUUUAUAAUGGCAAGCCUGCUCUUUUUAGUGGUGAACUUGACUUGUGCAAUGCUAGUUCAUGGAGAUGUCCCAGAAAAUCAGUUGAAAUGGACUGUGUUUGUUCGAGCAUUAAUUAAUGAUAGCCUGUUUAUUCUUUGUGCCAUCUCUUUAGUUUGUUACAUAUGCAAAAUUACAAAAAUGUCAUCAGCUAAUGUCUACCUCGAAUCAAAGGGUAUGUCUCUGUGCCAGACUGUCGUCGUGGGCUCUGUAGUCAUUCUUCUCUACUCUUCCAGAGCUUGUUAUAAUUUGGUGGUGGUCACCAUAUCUCAGGAUACAUUAGAAAGUCCAUUUAAUUAUGGCUGGGAUAAUCUUUCAGAUAAGGCUCAUGUAGAAGACAUAAGUGGAGAAGAGUAUAUAGUAUUUGGAAUGGUCCUCUUUCUGUGGGAACAUGUGCCAGCAUGGUCGGUGGUACUGUUUUUCCGGGCACAGAGAUUAAACCAGAAUUUGGCACCUGCUGGCAUGAUAAAUAGUCACAGUUAUAGUUCCAGAGCUUACUUUUUCGACAAUCCAAGACGAUAUGAUAGUGAUGAUGACCUGCCAAGACUGGGAAGUUCAAGAGAAGGAAGUUUACCAAAUUCGCAAAGUUUGGGCUGGUAUGGCACCAUGACUGGGUGUGGCAGCAGCAGUUACACAGUCACUCCCCACCUCAAUGGACCUAUGACAGAUACUGCUCCUUUGCUCUUUACUUGUAGUAAUUUAGAUUUGAACAAUCAUCAUAGCUUGUAUGUGACACCACAAAACUGACAGCAUCACCAAGUCAUGAUUCUUGAGUUGUUUUUCAUAAAUGUGUAUAUUCAAUGUGUUUAAAUUCCAUCUACAUAAACAUUCCAUUAUCUGUUGCAACUGAAAACAAAAUCUGGAAGUGUGGCUGUGUUUGGUAAAGAACACAGCUAUUAUUUUUGACCUCUUCAUAGUAAAAUGAAGUAAAAUGGAAAGUUUGGAGUAGGAGAAAAGAGAGAUCUUAAGGCACUUGAUGGCCUCCAAAAAUCCUGACUUUGGAACAUCAAAUGCAUAUGUGCACUUUUAUCUUUGUUCUGAGUCACUGCAGUCCCCAAAGUCAUAUGCCAAUGUUCACACUGGAAUACUAUAUUGUACACCAAACUGGAAGGCAAUUUUCCUAUGAAAAUCAAAGCCUGUAUAUUCAUUGGUAUGCUCUAUACAGAAAUCUUAAUAAAAAUUUUAUAGUGUGAACAGUGCACAGAGUUAAGGCAUAAAAAUGUAUCAUUCUUUAUAAAAAUCUACUGAAAAUGUGUAAUCAUUGAAGACAGUUCUUUUAAGCAUGAUUUUAAAAUAGCGACUGAAAUUCAAUCAUUUUAAACAAAUGAUAGUAGUAAUCCAUUAGUUAUGGCCAGCAGUGUUCUUUGGAGAGCCACAAUAAUUUCAAGAGGAAAAUAUACCAGUGAAAAUUGUGUGGCUAUUUUGAGUAGAAUUGGUCAGUUGAUUAUUUUGUGUAAUUGAGAUAUAUGUAGUAGUUUAAGCAUGAUUCUUGAAGAAAGCAAUAGUGACUUUUGCAAAGGGAGAUUUUGGUAGAAACUUCUUGGGACUAAACAAGUUUAGAAAUGCAUUUAAGAAUUAUUCACAAGAUGUAUAAUUCUAAAUUAAAACAUAAAUAUAUUUUCAAAAGCAUUUGAUUUCUGUGAAGCAUGAUAUAGCUGGUCUUACCUAGUGAAUCAGGAUUGUCCUCAGGUAAAUGAAAUCAUGAUACAUUAUUGCAGUGAACUCAAGUGCAAUACUUUGUGAGACAUAUAAUUCCUCCUAUGAUUUUAACAUUUUUAUAUCUUGUAUAUGGGAAAAGCCAAAUUAAAUUGAAUUCAAAUUAAUUCCAGCAUUAGACUAAAUGAGCAAACUUAAGUAAAUGUACAAACUAGGUAAGUAUAAAACCACAGAUUAACAAUAUUGGAGUACUUUUAGAAUUACAUUAAAACUGUCUUAAAUGUCCUAUCCCAAAUCUUAAAAAAAAAGAAAAUGGUAGGCUAAGAUAAUACAGAAUUUUAAAAUGCACUUUGUACCAGUGUCUAUGUGGAAAGAAGUAGAUGCUGAAUACCUCAAGAUGCCAAGGGAACAAGCAACAUUGGGAAGUUGUCACAACAUGCUCAAAGACAAACUACAAUUGUCUGCUAUCUAUUUCUUCAGAACUGGAACUAAUACGACUAUCCUUUUCUGUUUUAUACUUUGAUUAGAAUGUUAUUUCCUCUCUUACUUAAAAUGUACUUCAACUUUUUAACAAACAACUGAUACAAUAACUUCACAAAAGUAUAACACUAGGUUGAAACCCUAAGGAAAAAUUGAAAUUGUUAAUGCUUUCUAUCUUUUGGGAGGCUAGUACACAGACAAAUAAAUUUCUUCUUUUUAUGAUACAAAAUGACUUUGUAUUUAAUCAGAAGCAUAUACUUACUUAUUUUGGGUUUGUUUAUAAGUUCUCUCAUUGUAACCAAAUUAUUUAAAAAUGUAUAGUAUAGUUACCUAUGGUAUUAUGUGACAAAAGCGUACUUUUAUUACAACUUCAGUUGUUAGAUUUCUUCUCAGAAUGCCAACUGUUUAUUUUGCUAAUAAUGUUAGGUAUCUAAUCAUCUAGAGCUGUCUGAAAAGAUAUGUUGUCUUUGUUAAUCCUUGGGGUUCAAGGUGAUAAAGUUUUUCUAGUAAGGCUCCCCUCGAUAAUGUUCCUAUUUGACCAAACUAACAGAUUACUUUUUAAAAAUUUUUCAGAUAAAAUAACUUGGUUCUUUCUGCUGCAUUAGUUGAUUGUUCCAAAUUUGAGGUUUGUAAGUUUAUUCUUAUCACUGACUAGGGUACCCAAAUUCUUGCAUUUGUCUCCUUAUACACAUCUAACACAUCACCAAAGACAAAUAAAGAUACACUCUGGCCCAAUCUUUGCUUAAAAAUUCCAAAGCACUAGGAGCACUUUAAGUUUGGUCUCGAAAGGAGUUGUUUAUAAAAUCAAAGGGCUACCGAUUCCCUGUUCAUCCUGCACUGAAGCACAUGAUGACAAUAUCAAACCUUCGUUUUUGUUCAUUAAAAAGUGAAUUUCAUUACUUAAAUGUGUAAUUCUAUAGUGAUUAGCAGUACUUGUUUUCAUCAUUUCACUUGGGUGGCCAUUAAUUUUGAAACUUUUACCACUCAUUGUAGUUGGUUGUAGUUUUAUGGAAAAUGUAAUUUAUAGCUAAAGUGGCUUUUUUAUGCAUAGCUGCCUUUUUUAUUGUUUAACAGUGUUUCUCAGCUAUAUAAUCAGUUUCAAACUGGUUGUAAAAGUAUAGCUGUGGCCAAUGAAUGUAUUUAUUUGUUGUUUCACUAAAUUGUGACAAAACACUAUUAAAAAUAAAAGUGUUUGUGCUUUUA